AAGAAGUAGUACUUGAACGAAUAGGCCAUUUUGGUAAAUAUUUUCCAGAAUUAGUAUCAUUAAGUGAAUCUUUGGAGAAUUACUCUUUUUGUGAACGAUAUUAUAAUCAAAUUAUUGCUACUAAUCAUCUUCUUAAGCAUUUAAAAACAUUAGAUAUACCAAUUGUCAAUGAUAAACAAGCUGUCAGUGAAAUUAGGAUUCAAGUUUCUUUAUCACAUCCAGAUAUGAAUAUCCUUUUAUUACAAUUAUCUCAGAACAAAGCAGAUUUAUCUGCUUUUAGAUCUCAGUGGCUGCAAGAUAUUAAAUACAUAAAUGAAUGUUAG